CAGUAAUACGUUUAGCAGCGUCAGAACCGGAAUCCUACAAGAAGAAGAACACCCCUCACAGAACAGUGUUUUGGCAACGACAGGGUUAAGGAGUUUAUAGGUCCAAAUCGAUGCCCCCUCUCCCACACGUCGCCAUGAACAAAUGAAUUCGCGGGGAAUUAAAUAUCCAUUUCACAAAGGAGAAAGAGUCCUGUGCUUUGAACCAGACCCCACCAAGGCUAAAGUGUUGUAUGACGCAAAGGUCAUUGAUGUCUUGAUUGGUACAGACGAACAUGGAAGAAGAAUCCCAAAGUACCUGAUUCACUUCAACGGUUGGAACAGAAGCUGGGAUCGUUGGGCUGCAGAGGAUCAUGUCCUAAGGGACACUGAGGAAAACCGUAAAUUGCAACAUAAACUGGCUCGCAAAGCACUAGGUCGCAUGAAGAGAAAGGGAUGGGCGAAGAGGCGGCGACGUCAGUCUGGUACUAAAUCCUCUCUGAAGACUCUCCCUAAGGAGGAUGACAGUGAUGACGCAUGUUUGAUCUCAACUUCAGAGAGCAGUGACGGGGACGACUCUGACCCUGAAUCUUCAAACAGUGGGGACAGCACCUUCUCUGAGGAUCUCAACAAAAUGAGGGUUGAGCCAGACAUUAAUGUUAAAAGGGAAUGUGAGGAGAAGAUUGUCCAUGUUGACAUCAACAUCCCCGAAAUUCUGAAGAAGAAACUGGAGGAUGACUGCUUUUACAUCAACAAGAGGAAGAAGCUGGUGAUGGUUCCCUGUCAGAUGAAUGUCGUGCACAUCCUCGAGUCCUACGUCAAGCACUUUGCUAUCAACAAAGCAUUCAUGGCCAACGAGAGGUACCGGCGUCAGCAGAACACCACACAGAGCAGCAGCCCGCAGCCAGUCCCUCCAGAGAAGAGCGAAGAGUUGUGUAAGGAGAUGGUCGACGGCCUGAGGAUCACGUUCGACUUCACCUUACCCAUGAUCCUUCUCUACCCCUCUGAACAAGCUCAGUUCAAAAAGGUCAGCUCCUCCAGGCUUUUCCUGGCUGUCAAUGAAAGCUCCCCCUGCUCCAGCAACGCCCAACGAGAGCGCAGCCCUAGCCCGUUGGGGCACAACCCACCCACCCCCCAGUCCACAGACAGUCAACCUGCACUGAGCGACAUUUCUGCCACCACGCCGACCGCCUCAGCCCCUACCCCGAAGCGCCGGCGUCACCCUGACAUGGACUGUAUCUCAUUCCAGUCCCAGUCACUCAGACGCUCCACCAGGAACACAUCUGGAGGUGACCGGCCAGCUGAAGGGAGCAGUGGAGGUGGAGGCAGUGCCACAGCGUCCCCGCAGCUCAAACGCCGUUUGGUCGACACCUCAUCCCAGCCCAAGUUCUUCCUCAAUCUUGACAGAAAAACCCCAGUGCACAGUGGCUCAUCUUCCCCGUUGCCCUUGACGCCAAGCAAAGAGCGAAGUGGUCCUUUCUAUGGCCUUGAGAGCCGGAGAAACAAUGAGCUUAAUGAGGUCCUAAGCUGGAAGCUGACUCCUGAUAACUACCCUCUGCAUGACCAGCCCCCCCCACCCUCCUACCUGUACGGAUCACAGCACCUCUUGCGUCUUUUUGUCAAGCUUCCUGAGAUCCUGGGAAAAAUGCAGAUCCCUGAGAGGAAUCUGCGAGCCCUGGUCAAACAUUUGGAGCUCUUUCUUAGGUUUCUGGCAGAGUUCCAGGAGGAUUUUUUCCCCGAGUCCGCAUACGUGUCAGCAUCAGAGGCCCACUACAGCAUGAAACAACCGAGGCCGAUUUAUUGAAGGAGACGUCGGCCAUUGUGUUACCUUCCCUUGCUUGUCUCUACCCUGACCUACCCUAUAGCUUGUCACGACUGACCUGUCUGGGCUUGUUUACAGAGCAAUAAAUAGCAGCUGUCUCUGCAAUUCAGCUGUUUUGUGUUUACCUAGACCAACCAUUCUUCACCUCUGGCCUAACAUUACAUUUCCUGCUGUUGCCUCGUGGAACUACUUGCUUCUACCAUGCCACUAACCCUCCGCCCAAGCUCUGUUUGUGGGACUGUGCUUCAUGUUAAGCCAGCCUGCUCUGCUUUGCUUCAAUGUACUGCUCCAAGGCAUGUCGAGUGCUGUGUGUUGGCAUCCGCUACCUUUUUUUAGGCAUCAUAUAAGAUUGAAUUCACAGGAGACGGCUAAUGCUGAGUCCCCCUUCCAAGCCUUUUCUUCUUCUUUGUUACCGGGCCUAUAGCUGGAAAGUUCCCUAGCCUCUCAGAUAUUAGAUGCUGGCCAAAACAAAAGAUCUUUUAAUCACUCAGCUCUGGAAGCAGACACAAACAGCACUGCUCAGCAAACCCUCCUUUUCUACCGCUCUGACUUUGCCACUCUUCAUAGCUACAGGGUUGGAGUUUUGUGGCCUGGGGAAACGCACAGAUCGAAAAGCCCUGUGUUCUUUUUCUUCUUGCCCUAUAAACCUUUGGAUACUGUUUAGGGUAUGGCUGGUUUGCCUGUUUGGUAGCUUGGCGCCUCUUUAUGUAGUGACUUUUUGUAAGUGCUUUCCAUGCAGUGCUGCCACUGAUCCUCUUCUGGAUAGGAUUCCUUUUAAGCUACAGUAGGACUUCAUCAGGAUUGUUGUUUUUCCUGUGGAUCUCUCAAGUAAUACACUUAGUUUUUGCUUUGUUAUGCUUUUGAUUUUGUCCUGUGCAUGUCUGAUAAAUGUGUAGCUGCUUUGUAUAUUCAUUUUUCCAUGUGUUCCUCCCUUAUUUCCGUAGACGGAGCAAUGUUGUCAUAUCUUGUUUUAAAGGUAAUGUCUUUAUCAACCUGUAAUCUUAAUAUACAGUUAAAGACCUGAGGCUGUUACUAUUUGCAAAUGUUAUAUAUCAAAUAGUUCCUAAAAAGAUUAAUUACUUGAAUAUUUCAAAAACAAAUUUAGCAUACAUGUGAUAUUUGGAGCCUAACGACUGAUACCAUUUGCUGACCCUUUU